UGAGCAGCUGGCGAGCUGGGGCUUGAGGAAGCCGGGUUCUCGCGCGGGAUUCAUCCGAACAACUGAGACCCUCGAGCAGGCGCCAUGUCCCAGCGGUCGAGGGACCCCCGCCCCAUCCCGCAGCGCAGCAAGGCCUGCCGCUGCCUCUUCGGGCCGGUGGACGGCGAGCAGCUGCAGCGCGACUGCGACGCGCUCAUGGCCAGCUGCCUCCAGGAGGCCCGCGAGCGGUGGAACUUCGACUUUGUCACCGAGACCCCCCUGGAGGGCGACUUCGCCUGGGAGCCCGUGCAGGGCCUGGGCCUGCCCAAGCUCUACCUGACCCCCGGGGCCCCCGGAGACCUGGGAGGGAGCAAGCGGCCCAGCACCUCCACCGCCCUGCUGCCCCCGCCCGGCGAGCACGAUGACCACGUGGACCUGUCGCUGUCCUGCGCCCUGGUGCCUCGCUCGGCCGAGCAGCCCGACGGCUCCCCGGGGGCGCCCGGGAGCUCUCAGGGCCGGAAACGCCGCCGGCAGACCAGCAUGACAGAUUUCUACCACUCCAAACGCCGGCUGAUCUUCUCCAAGAGGAAGCCCUGAGCUGCCCCCCCUGCCCCCCGGAGGCUCUGCUCCACUCCCGGGGGCCCCCGGCCCCUCUGCGUCUCCUGUCUCCUCCCUCACCUCGUGCGUCUUAAUUAUUAUUUGUGUUUUAAUUUAAACUCCCUCAUGUACAUACCCUGCCUGGCCCCUCCCGCCCACCUCUGGCAUUAUUUAAAGAAAAAUACCCUUAGAUAGUAGGACGGUAGACUGAUCAGAGGGCGGGACAUUUUUUACUCAAUGAAAUAUUAUUUAAAUCCUUCUUAUCCCAGAUGCUUUCUUCUCUCCCCCCACCCCUACUGUGGCCUCCACCCUGUCCUGGAUGUGGAUUCCUCUGGAUUUGAGAAGGAACUAGGUAGCACUUUGAAAGGGCCCAGCCGAGCGGGGACAGUGUCGGAAUCCGUGGGGACGCCCCACCUCCUGUAUGGGGAGCAGGGUGACCCGGCUGGGGGCACGGAAUGUGGCACUGGCCUAGCUCGUGACGCAAAGGCAGGGGACUGUCGGGCCCUGUAGCAACCCCCACUCCCUCCCCCCCCCAAGCCCCUUCUGCCUCAGUGUUUGAGCCUCCCUCCCUGUGGGCUCCAUAGCUACUUUUGGGGGGCCCUCAGCUGUCCUCCUUUCACAGCUGGCUCUCAAGGCCCCUCUGCUGCUCUCCCCUCCCACCCCCCGUGUCCUUCCCCCUCAGGCCCCUCUUGGAUCCGGGGGACAGCGCUGAGCACUGUGGCCCCUCCCCCAUGGGCUGGAGGGAAAGGGUCACCCACAAAGUAGGGGGCCUCCCAAGACAGGGUCCCCAGCCCCCCUGUGACCUCCCACGCCACCCGGCUCCAUGGCACUUGGAGUGGCAGUUGGACGUGGCGUCAGAGGCGGGUGGGGGGGGGCACAGUGCGCAGCAGUUGUGCGUGUGGGCUGACGUGAGCUGGGGGGGCGGGCGCUGUCAUUCCCAGCACUGAACACUGAGCCCCCCACCCCCCGGAGGCACCAAAGCACUUAGUGGGUCUGACCCCCACCCCACUCCAGCUCCUGACACCCGGGCCUGGCCUGCACCCCCACUGCUGUCUCCCUCCCAGCCCCACCCAUGGUGCUGGCUCCGCUCACCGCCAGCAGGUGCUCAAUAAACGUUUCUUUUUGACUUGC